UACGAAUAUGGCGGUUAUGUUCCAGUUUCAACCGGUUGAGGAAAUUUCGAUGCUUUUCUUAAAAAGUUGGGUGUAUGUCAGUGGAAAAGUUCUUCGAGGUGCUACUUCCCUAAAAGGUUUUGAUGCCACCCAUAGCAAUGAAUUCGGUUAACCUCUCAGAGGAGGCUGCCAAGCUCCUGGACUUCAGUCAGAAGCUGGACAUAAACCUACUGGACAAUAUAGUCACAAUGAUGUACACAGGCAAUGGACCACAGCAAAGAAUGGCGCAAGAAGUUUUGACAACACUGAAAGAACAUCCAGAUUCUUGGACCAGAGUGGACACAAUUUUAGAAUAUUCUGUAAAUCAACAGACCAAGUACUACGCCCUCCAAAUCUUAGAAAAUGUCAUUAAGACAAGAUGGAAAGUUUUGCCACGAGCUCAAUGUGAAGGUAUAAAGAAAUACAUUGUGGGUUUAAUCAUCAAAACAUCAUCUGAUGCUGCCUUAUUGGAAAAAGAAAAAGUGUAUGUUGGAAAACUCAACAUGAUCUUAGUACAGAUUUUGAAAUAUGAAUGGCCUAGGAAUUGGCCCUCAUUUAUCAGUGACAUUGUAGGAGCUAGUAAAACAAAUGAAUCAUUGUGUCAGAACAAUUUAACAAUUCUGAAACUGCUUAGUGAAGAGGUCUUUGACUUCAGCAGUGGUCAGAUGACACAGGCUAAAGCCAAGCAUUUAAAAGACAGCAUGUGCAGUGAAUUUUCAUCUAUCUUCCAGCUGUGCCAAUUUGUCAUGGACAACUCCCAGAAUGCACCAUUGGUGGGGUCUACUUUGGAAACACUCCUGCGAUUCUUAAACUGGAUUCCACUGGGAUACAUUUUUGAGACAAAGUUGAUCACCACACUCAUCUAUAAGUUUUUAAAUGUCCCAUUAUUCAGAAAUAUUACCCUUAAGUGCUUAACAGAAAUAGCUGCUGUCUGUGUUCAACAAUAUGACGAGCAAUUUGUUCACUUGUUCAAUCUCACAAUGACUCAGUUGAAACAGAUGCUGCCUUUAGACACAAAUUUGAAGGAGGCCUAUCAGAAAGGAACAGAUGAUGAACAAAAGUUUAUUCAGAACUUGAGUCUAUUUCUCUGUACAUACCUGAAAGAACAUGGCCAGCUGAUUGAGAGGAAGCAGGACCUGCACAGUGUCUUACUGGAGGCCUUGAAUUACCUAAUACUAAUAUCAGAAGUGGAGGAGGUGGAGAUUUUUAAGAUUGCUUUGGAGUACUGGAACACACUGGCUGCUGAUCUGUACAGAGAGAGUCCCUUUUCUUCCAACACAUCACCAUUGCUCAUCGGGAAACCCCACCACAAUGAUGUGCCUGCCAGGAGACAGCUCUACACACAAGUCUUAUCAAGGGUCCGAAGGGUCAUGAUUUCAAGAAUGGCAAAGCCAGAGGAAGUCCUUAUUGUGGAGAAUGAACAGGGAGAGGUUGUGAGAGAAUUCCUCAAAGAUACAGACUCCAUCAAUCUGUACAAAAACAUGAGAGAAACACUAGUGUAUCUGACUCACUUGGAUUACAACGAUACAGAGUCAAUUAUGACAGAAAAACUUCACCAUCAGGUAGAUGGUACCGAGUGGUCUUGGAAGAAUCUGAAUACAUUAUGUUGGGCCAUAGGAUCCAUUAGUGGAGCCAUGCAUGAAGAUGACGAGAAAAGAUUUCUAGUAACGGUCAUUAAGGACCUGUUAGGGUUGUGUGAACAAAAGAGGGGGAAGGACAACAAAGCUAUUGUAGCCUCCAACAUUAUGUAUGUGGUGGGACAAUAUCCUCGCUUCCUUCGGGCACACUGGAGGUUCCUCAAAACGGUCGUCAACAAACUCUUUGAGUUCAUGCAUGAAACCCAUGAUGGUGUACAAGAUAUGGCAUGUGAUACCUUCAUUAAGAUUGCCCAGAAGUGCAGGAGACAUUUUGUUCAAGUCCAGGUUGGAGAGGUGAUGCCAUUCAUUGAGGAAAUUCUAAAUGGAAUCAACACAAUCAUCUGUGAUCUACAGCCACAACAGGUGCACACAUUCUAUGAAGCAGUGGGGAUGAUGAUCAGUGCUCAGAAUGACCAGGUAGCUCAGGAACAUUUGAUAGAGCGAUACCUCUUGUUACCAAACCAAGUGUGGGACGGAAUCAUAAACCAGGCAACACAGAACGUAGAAGUUCUCAAGGACCCUGAUGCUGUAAAACAACUAGGAAACAUUCUCAAGACAAAUGUUAGAGCAUGCAAGGCACUGGGUCAUCCUUAUGUAGUGCAGUUAGGAAGAAUUUAUCUGGACAUGUUGAAUGUGUACAAAGUGAUGAGUGAGAACAUUAGUAGUGCAAUAGCAACAAAUGGUGAGACAGUGACAAAGCAGCCACUGAUACGCAGCAUGAGAACGGUGAAGAAGGAGACACUGAAGCUAAUAUCGGGCUGGGUCAGUCGCUCCAAUGAUCCACAGAUGGUGGCAGAAAAUUUCAUUCCACCUCUUCUGGAUGCUGUACUACUAGAUUAUCAGAGAAAUGUCUCUGCAGCCAGGGAACCAGAAGUCCUCAGCACCAUGGCAACCAUUGUCAACAGAUUAGAGGGUCACAUCACGAAGGAUAUCCCCCAGAUAUUUGAUGCUGUGUUUGAAUGUACACUAGAAAUGAUCAAUAAAGAUUUUGAGGAUUUCCCUGAACACAGAACAAACUUUUUCUUGCUGUUACAAAGUGUCACUUCACAUUGCUUCGAAGCUUUCCUUAACAUCCCUCCAGAACAGUUUAAACUGGUGUUAGAUUCUGUGAUAUGGGCUUUCAAACAUACAAUGAGGAAUGUGGCAGAUACUGGUCUGGACAUUUUAUACACGUUGUUACAAAAUGUGGCAAACCAUGAUGAAGCAGCACAGAGCUUUUAUCAAACAUAUUUUACAGACAUUUUACAGCAUGUGUUUUCUGUUGUGACGGAUAGUUCUCACACAGCAGGAUUGACAAUACAGGCUUCUAUCCUGGCCUACAUGUUCACUCUGUUGGAGAACGGGAAGAUCACGGUGACGCUAGCCCCCACCUCAGGCCCUCCCAUGCAGAAUGUCCCCUACAUCCAACAGUUCCUCAUGAAUCUCCUCAAAUCUGCAUUCCCUCAUCUUAAUGAACCCCAGAUAAAAAUAUUCAUUGAAGGUCUGUUUAGCUUUGACCAAGACAUUGCAGCAUUCAAGGAGCACCUAAGGGACUUCUUGGUUCAAAUCAGGGAGUUUGCUGGUGAAGACAACCAAGAUCUGUUCCUUGAGGAGAGAGAGAUGGCCAUCAAGCAAGCUCAGGAGGAGAAACGUAAAAUUCAGAUGUCUGUGCCAGGAAUCUUGGGACCUCAUGAAAUUCAAGAGGACAUGCAGGACUAAUUUACUCAGUGCUUCCUCUAUGUGUGUUUGUAAGAAGUUCGAAUUUAUAUGAAGAAAUUCAAUGGAAAAAGUGCACUAAAAACAUACUCUCAGUAUAUGAAAAUGUGGUGCAAGCAUAUUCCCCAUGAGGCCUUAUGGGAAGAAGGUAUUGGGCAGCAACUAGGUGCCUCUCACUACCGUAUAAUCAUGGCAGUAUUUCUGAGCUCGAGUUAAAUCAGUGGGAGGAGAAAGAAGAUUCCUGCUAUGUUGCCUAACCUGAACUUGUUCAUUCAAUGUGAUGCUAUGUUUUUAUUCUCUGACAAUGGAAGAGCUGCAUAUCUUUCCAGAAAUGUUUGAGAAAAAUGAAAUUGUAAACAGAGGUCUGGGUUUUAAUACCAAAACAUAACAGAGUGCUUCUAUAUCUUAAUUUGAUUUACAUUAUUGGUGUGGUUGCACAUGGAUUUUGUGUGAAAUGCAAGUAAACAUUUAACUUGUUGAGUGCAUUUAAAGUGCAAUAAUGACCUGUAUCAUAGGAACAUGUAUCUCAUUUGUUCUCUGAGAAAAUUGUAUUCAAAUCUAUUCAAACAGGUUCAGCAUAGCAUUGAAAGCACUUUCAUUAUGUUGUAGUUUGUGACAAAAAAUUAAAUUCAAACAAGCUCAGUUUAAGAUGAUUGUUUAGUCUUUUCAAGCCAACCAUAACUAGUGUAUUUGUGUUUUGAUUCCUUUCUUAACAUUCUUUUUCAUCCAUUGUGUAUUAGAAAUUUUUAUAAUGUACAUGUUUACCUAUUUUAGACUGAGCUGAAAAGCUUGUCUAACAUAUCUUAAAAUUUUCAUCCAUGUUAUACUUCAGCUUGUGUUAACUACAUGUAUGAAUGGUAAUUUAAUGUUUCAUAUUUAUUGUCAGUCCUUUUCCAUGGCAUUUUUUCUCAUCUGUUAAAUUGUUGUACCGGUAAACCAUUUGAGAAAUCAAAUAAAUAUAUAACGUUAGAUAGUGUAUCUUAAUAGGUGAAUGAAAAUUAAUUGCAUAUUGUCUUAUAUGUGAAACUUAAGGAAACCGUUGUAAAUUUCAUGCCUUGUAUUGCAAUUCAUGAAACAUCUGGAUUUUUUUGUAUGUGUGCAUAUAUGAUCACAUCUGAUACAAGUGAGACAAGUUUCUCGUGUAAGAUCUGCCUCACUUUUGGUCUAAUGAUAAUCUAUGAUUAAGCACUGUCUAAAAAUAUAAUGUGGAUACACUUCUUAAGCAUUGUUUUGUUAGAAACAAUGAGAAGAUAAAAAACCAGUAAACUUUGUAUCAAAGUGAAUUGCUGUAUGACUAAUUUUUCUUUUGGUGCUUCUGUGAGUGUGUGUAAAAUAGUAAAUGUUUUUUGUUUGUUACUCAGCCAAUAUCAAGGGUGAUCCAGAUCCUCUGUUAUACAUAUUUAAUCAUGCAUUGUUUUCUGAUAGAAAAAGUCAUGAAAAGUUCAAUAGAAUCUAAAUAAAUA